AUGCAUAGCAAACAAGGUGUUUCAGUAUUGGGAGGCAUGCUUUGUGUUUAUUCUACACGUAUUCAUCACCGGGAGUACACUUUUAAGUUAUGGGUAAUGAACGAGUAUGGUGUCAAGGAAUCAUGGAAUCAGUUGUUUACUAUACAAUGUACCGAUCUUUAUUCAAUCACCCCGAAAUACAUGUUUUCAGAUGGUGAAGUGUUACUCCGUUGCAGCCAGUUGAGACGUAGUGGUUCUGUAUUUAAGACAUCCAAUGAAUCAUCUGGCUUAUGGCCUCGAUCUGAUUCGGAAUGUAUUCAGGAUGGUUUCAUUUAUACAGAAAGCUUGAUCUCUCCGAAGUUGCAUACUUG